AUGAGUUCACCAAACUCAGCACGGACUGGGCUUCAAACCAGCAAACUCAUGGUCCAUAAUGUGCAGGACUAUCCAUUGCUGGAAGUUCCCACUGGCCUGUCUCUACUCCCUGGGCAAAUUCUCCAACUCCAAGAGAUUCUUGAACAUGAAAAGGAACGACAGGCACUUGUAGCAGCAACUCCAGAAUCGCAGGACAGCCUGGUAGACAAGCCUGAAGCAAGGGUGUACGAUAAUACAUUGAACUCCAUGCCAGAGUGUUACUACACAGUUUCUCGGAUAGAGGCUGAGACGUUGCUUGAGAGGCACCCUGAGAAUGGGAGCCUGAUCAUAAGACCUGCUAGUAACAACAGUAUGAACUACUCAGUCUCUACUCUAAUUCCACCAAACGGUAAAGCAGCCAUAAAGCACUACAGGGUGACCAGUGACGAUGACAGGUUUAUCCUCUGGCUUGACAAUUCAAUCACCUGCUUCAGUCUUCAGGAAAUUGUUGAUUAUUUUAUAAAAGCAACUAAUGGAAAUUUGAAACCGUACCUCCACCCCAAUAUUUACUCAAACAGAAUCGAAAACCCAGAAGGACAACACAAGCUCGUGCCACACGCAAGAGUAGCUCCAUUUCAUUGUGACCCAGAACUGCCAAGAAAACUGUCACAAAAACAACCCGAUUCCCCAGGAGCCAGACACAAAUGGCACAAAUUAGAACCAAACCUGGAAACAAGAUAUGUGGUGACAGAGACAAGCCAACAGCCGUUAAAACAUGCACCAACACAUCACACAACACCAAAGAAGAAAGAAGCUGAACCCAGUUACAUGAAUGAUGAAUUACUUUUUAAGAUCAACCAAAUGAACUUUACAGAUAAGAAGCCCCCCAAUCAAACUGCACCCCAACCAAGGAAUCCAAAACAGUUUACUGGAGAUGGAAUGGAUUCUGAUGAACUUAUGCAGAAGUUGAUGAAGAGAAGACAACAGGUUUCAAAGAAUAAUUAACCCAUUGCAUACAAGUGCUCAAGUCAAAUUAAGAGCACCAUCUACUGUGCCAUCCACUCACACCUGCACCUCUGAUCCUUUGAAGCCGAGAAACGAGGGGAGAAAAUGGAAACCAAAACAAGUGUGAAGAGCAUCUACCUAACUUCUGUUUCCGCAGCAGUUAGGCUAUUACAGGAGCAAUUGGUUAGGGGCAUGUUCAUUUGUUGGAUGACCAUCUGCUUGAUUUACUGACAUGUUCCCAUGAGUUGUAUACAAGUGGGUUUCAUUGUUUUUAAUCAUUAGUGGAGUCUUGAACAAACUUCAACAUGAAAUGCUGUUGAACCUAGAGAGAGUGUCAGUUAAACCCAGCUACACCGAUAAAAAAUGUUAAUAUAUUUAUAAUGUAAUAAUUAAAAUAGU